ACAAAAUUACCCUCCAUUUUUUGUUUACCUUUUGAUUUUCGUUUCCUCGUUCGCAUUGGUGUCGUUCUCCUUCUCCAUUUGCUAGCCAGCCAUCGAAACAUUGUAGUAGGGGUCGUCCAAGUGGGAUCAAAAUGUCAAGUGCGUGGGAUCAUUGAAAAAGUGAGAAAACCUGAGAAAAGAUGGAGAAAGUUGGUUAGUAAGCAUUGCAGAGACGAAAGGAGAUUGGAUGUUGUCGACGAGAGAACAAAGAGCGAGGAGAGAGUAAGGAGAGGACGACAAGACAACGAACUCUUUGAGAAAUAUGACACAUUCCAAUUUGUUUUCCCAAGUUGGUAUCGCUGGACCCACAUACAACCCCCGUUGACAGUUCGAGAAAGUAAACGGCCGCGCAAGGUCAGAGUUUUGGCGAAUGCUUCCAGUUCUGACCAGCUUCACAUGCUCUCUGUCUUCAUUUCUCAAUCCCCAUUUCAUAUUUUCGCUUCCUCCUUCUCCUACGGAAUGAUCAGAACUCAUCGAUUCAAGAAACUUGCCAACCCCAAAAACCCGAUUUCUUCAACCGACCUCCGCAGUGAACCUCAAGCGAGGAAGAAGAAGAAGAAGAAAACAGGGCAUUGCCCCAAAUCCAAGCCCGCGACCGACCCACCAACACAAAUCGCUCAAUUAUCACCUUCUUCCUCUUCCGAUGGAUUCACCAUCCUCCCCAAAGAGUUCUUCCUCGUUGAUGCUUUGGACCUCGCCCCACGCUUGCUUGGAAAGCUCAUCAGGAGAGACGAUGUCGUUCUUCGGAUUACCGAGGUAGAAGCUUACAGACCAAAUGAUUCUGCUUGUCAUGGUCGGUUUGGUGUCACAGCAAGAACAGCUCCAGUUUUUGGACCUGGGGGGCAUGCGUAUGUUUAUCUUUGCUAUGGUCUCCAUAUGAUGCUGAAUAUUGUUGCGGAUGAGGUUGGAGUUGGUGCUGCUGUGUUAAUCAGAGCUUGUGCUCCUGUCAGGGGGUUGGAGACGAUUCAGAAGCGGAGAGGUCAGAUAACAGACAAGCCUGUUCUUCUUACUGGUCCCGGGAAGGUUGGCCAAGCGCUUGGAUUAUCAACAGAGUGGUCUAACCAUCCAUUUUAUACUCCCGGUGGUUUGGAACUCCUUGACGCUCCCAAGCCAGAGAGCAUACUUGUAGGUCCUCGUGUCGGUAUCGAAUAUGCCUUACCAGAGCAUGUUAAUGCUUUAUGGAGGUUUGCCAUUGCAGGAACUCCAUGGAUAAGUGCUCCCAAGAACACUCUCAGGCCAUCCUGAUGGGAGGAGAUGAAGCAAUUUGUUGUGCUUGGAACUAUUUUAUAUCAUUUAAUUUGGAUUUGAGAAGGUUGUAAAUGUUGUAUAUUAGUUCAACGUAAAAAUAGAUUCAUCUUUGGUAUGAAAAUCUAACUUCGAUUGUUUGUCUUUGGAAAAAAGAUGUUUCGAUUAAUUGAAUCCUUUGUCUUUAUAUUUUAUUUUCCGUAUGAAAAUAAAAAGAAAAAGAUGAGGACGGACAUCAUACCGAAGUGUAUUUAUAAGAUUUAUUCAAAAUGUAGGGAUUAAAAUAAAAGGAAGAGAUCAAGUUGUUAUUUCAA